GAGCCAUGGCCUUCCUUUGGAUCCUCUCUUGCCUCGCCUUCGCCGGUACCGCCUAUGGUUGCGGCACUCCCGCCAUCCCUCCCGUCAUCACUGGAUACUCUCGUAUCGUCAACGGUGAGGAGGCCGUGCCCCACUCCUGGCCCUGGCAGGUGUCCCUGCAGGACUACACCGGCUUCCACUUCUGCGGCGGCUCUCUGGUCAACGAGAACUGGGUGGUGACGGCCGCUCACUGCAACGUCAAGACGUCCCACCGUGUGAUCCUCGGAGAACACGACCGCUCCUCCAACACCGAGAACAUCCAGGUCAUGACGGUCGCCCAGGUGUUCAAGCACCCGCGUUACAACGGCUUCACCAUCAACAACGACAUCCUGCUGGUGAAGCUGGCCAGCCCCGCCCAGAUGAACAUGCGUGUGUCUCCCGUGUGCGUGGCCGAGACCGGAGACAACUUCCCCGGAGGCAUGAAGUGCGUGACCAGCGGCUGGGGCCUGACCCGCUACAACGCCCCCGACACCCCCGCCCUUCUGCAGCAGGCCUCCCUCCCCCUGCUGACCAAUGAGCAGUGCCGCGGUUACUGGGGCAACAAGAUCACCGAUCUGAUGAUCUGCGCUGGAGCGUCUGGAGCUUCUUCCUGCAUGGGCGACUCUGGCGGCCCUCUGGUCUGCCAGAAGGCCGGCGCCUGGACUCUGGUCGGCAUCGUGUCCUGGGGCAGCGGUACCUGCACUCCCACAAUGCCCGGCGUGUACGCCCGCGUCACCGAGCUCCGCGCCUGGAUGGACCAGACCAUCGCCGCCAACUGAGCACCGAUGGACCAGACCAUCGCUGCCAACUGAGCGUCAAUGGACUAGACCAUCGCUGCCAACUGAGCGUCGAUGGACCAGACCAUCGCCGCCAACUGAGCGUCUCUUUGAACCUGAUCAUCAAUAAAAGUCUGGAACUCAGAAA